ACCCAAACGCCCAGAAGAGCACCGUCCCCCCAGCAGGCCCCACUCCAAGGAGCAUGUCCCCCAUCCCCACACGCCACCCAGGCCCCCGUCCCCAUGAGCAGGAUCAGGCCACCACAGCACAGCAACCCCAAGCCACCACCGUAGACUUCAGGCCACCAGCAGCGCGGACCCCACUGCCUGGAGGCCGGUGAACGCCCCCCCAAGGGCACGUUGGUGCCCGCGACCCAGGACAGACCCAGGGAGGUAGCGCCAACCAUGACCCUAGGGGCAAGCCCCGGCAUCAGCUGGUUUGAAAUUGACUUUUAAUUACUGAAGUGUGUGUGAGGGUUGCCUUGCUUUUAUGCUUUUAAGGAUGUUCUUUUUCGUUGGCAGGUGCUGAGGGUCCAGAGCGGCAGCCUGUUGGUUCCCUUUUUUCCCACUUUUGGUUUACUGAGUCACGGAUGCAGUGUGGUUUGGAUCCCUCCCAUUAUGUUACCGCUGUCGUGGACCUUGUGGACAUCGGCUACCGACACAAACUGGCAGUUUGCAGAGACUUUCAUCGUCGACACAACAUCCCAGACGAACUAGCGAGACCAAUGGGCGCUCCGUGGAUUGUUGUCGGGUCUGGAAAGAGGCGCAGGCGGCGUCGGGAGCACAAGCAGAAGCGGGGUCGCAGGUCCGGCCUACUGCUACGGCUACGAAACAACCCACAUAAGCCACCCCUGCCCAGCCUGUACCUCACCAACGCCAGAUCCAUUACCCACAAAAAGGACGACCUGGAGUUACAGCUUGAGGGAAACCGCUACAUUCGUGACUGUUGUGUUCUAAUCAUCACGGAGACCUGGCUCAAACCGACGAUCCCCGAUGCUAGCGUGCAGCUAGCCGGCCGCUCUCUACACCGCUGGGAUCGAACAGAGGACUCCGGUAAGAGCAGAGGUGGGGGGGUCUUUAUUUACGUGCAUGAGGAUUGGUGCAACAACAGCAAGAUCAUAGAGACUCACUGCUCCCCUGACAUUGAGUACAUGUCCGUAAGAUGCCGGCCGUAUUUUCUCCCGAGGGAGCUAACUGUUGUGAUCGUCACCGCUGUUUACAUCCCACCAGAUGCUAACGCUAGCACAGCACUCUCUCUCCUGUUGAACGUCAUCAAUGAACAUCAGCGGGCCCACCCUGAUGGCGUUUAUAUUAUAGCCGGGGACUUUAAUAAGGCCAAUUUAAAGACUGUACUCCCGAAGUUUCAUCAGCAUGUCAAGUGUCCAACGCGAGGAGCAAACACUCUUGAUCAUGUUUGCUCAAACAUAAAGCACGGCUACAGAGCAACACCACUCCCCCACCUCGGACAGUCAGACCAUCUCUCCCUGCUGCUCACUCCUGCAUACAUCCCCCUCAGACGCAGAUCCAGACCCACCAAAAAGAUCAUCACCACAUUGCCGGAAAAUGCACUCAGUGAACUUCAGGACUGCCUCCAACACACAGACUGGGACCUAUUUCAACAUCAGGACCUGGAAACAUACACAGUGACAGUACUAGACUAUAUCAAGUUUUGUAUGGGAACUGUGUCUGUGGACAAAGUCAUCCGGAUUUUUCCAAACCAGAAACCCUGGAUGACCAGCCAGGUCCGCUCCCUCCCCAAAGCCUGCAACUCUGCCUUCAGGUCAGGCGACAGAGCUCUGUACAGGGAAGAAUAUUUCAAGGUGAUGCACGAUAGGCAGGUCAAGGUGUGCAGGCUCUGUAUUCAACCUGGGCACAGCCUAAGAGAGUGCCCGGAAUUCAAGUGCUUCAGCUGCGGUGCACAGGGCCACUACGCCAGGGAGUGCCGUCAAUCAAGCGACCCAGCGGGAGAUGAGGAGAUGCCGGAAGCCAGAAUCCAAGCAGAGGCGGUCAGCAUGGAGGAGGAAGAGGGGCAAAGGCCUCAGAACGUCAAGAUCACUGCAGCAGCAAGGAUGGAAGACAAGGAACAGAAGCUGAAGCGCAAAAGGAGCGACGGGAAUGAAGAGAGUGUGGAAGAGCUAACAGCAGGACGAGAAGACGAGACAACAGGAGAGGACACGGUCAACGAAAUGUACAUUGAAGAUGAGGUGAUCCUGAAGAAGCUGGAGGAAUGGGGAGUUCAGGCAGUGUCCACCAUCAGAAGGCGCAUGUGGCCAGGCACCGACAUCGCAGACGGAACACGCUACCUAAAGGUGCGCUUCAACGAAAAAGUCCGCUCCCUACCAUUUGCAACUAAGUUUGAGACCCUCGAGGGGGAAGAACACUUUCGGGUGCUACACGACCGCCAGAGGAAGGUAUGCAGAUUGUGCAUCCAGCCCGGCCACAUUAUCCGAGAUUGCCCGGAGUUUAAGUGCUUUAAAUGUGGCGAGCAAGGCCACUACGCCAGAGAGUGUGAGGAGAAUGAAAGGGGCGAUCGCGGCCCAUUGCCGAUGCAGGCUGAGGCGGUGCUGGGGGGCGGCUUGACAGCAGAGGCGGAGAUGCUGGUUGAGGGAGCGCUGGAGAGAGACAUGGAAACGCCGGCAGCUACAGUGCUAAGUGGCAGCGGCGACGACGAUGACAGCAGCAACGGCAGCUGCGGUGACAGCGACGGCGGCUGCGGUGACAGAGACGGUGGCGGAGGAGGCGGCUGA